GCCGCGCGUGUGUGUUUGUUAGGGGUGUGUACGCUCGUGUGUACGAUCGGUCGUUCGGGGUAUACGCGCCCGUCGUCGUUCUUUCGACACUUGAUCACCACCGACCGUAACGAUAACGAUAACGGUCACUCUGACUACUACCAAAACGCAUAUACAGUAAUUAUUAUUAUUAUUGUCGGUAUAUAUAAUUAUACUUACUGGCUGAUUGUUGCUCUGUAAAACUACUUUAAUUUCAAGUGUGUUAUAUAUAUAAUUAUCGUCUCACAUAUUCUUUCGUGAUUUGAUAUUAAACUCGUCUUCACGCGUUACGUCACCACAGCUAUCUUCUUAAUACGUUAUAAAAGCCACUUCAUCAUCACCAGUGCAUCGGCUUGCAGUGCUCGCGUACCACACGCAACCGUAACAACGAACGACCACGACGAGGUACGAACUCGUGAGCACACGGCGGUGGCACCGCCAUUGCGGUCGUAACCGCCACGUUGUACGAAAUAGUCAUUGCCGCUGCCGCCGCCGCAUACGGCAAAAAUGUUCAACUUUGCUAGUAAGAUGAUCAAUAGCCUGAUGGCGGCAGGCGAUGACAUGGUCACGGGCACCGAUCCGCAGCAGCAGCCGCAGAACGCGGUCCACCGUCAGCAACAGCACCAGCAGCAGCACCAGCAGCAGCACCAGCAGCAGCAAUUCCAGCAGCAGCAAGACUAUGGCGGUGGACGACCUGUAGGAGGCGCAUCCACCGCGGCUAGGCAGUAUGGUAUGAAUCAGCAGUCACCGCAACAACAGCGGAGUAUGGCCGGUGGUGGGUAUGCGCAGCAGCCACUGCAGCAACAGCAACUGCCAAGACAACCGUCGCAGCAGCAGCCACCGAAUAGAUUACAGCAACAGUCGCAAUCUCAGCCGUCCUUUUACCGACAACAGCCACCGGCACCUUUGUACAACAGUGGCAAUACAAGCGGUGGAAGGCCAUUGUCCCAGUCGUUGCCCCAUCAACAGCAGCAGCAGCAACAACAACAGCAGCAACAACAACAACAUCAGCAGCAACCGCAGCAGCACCAACAGCAGCUACAGCAACGGCAAAGGCAACAGCAACAGCAGCAGCAUCAACAACAACGUCCCGGUAGUGUCGGCAUGGGCAUGCCAACACUAUCAGCAAAUCAAAUGGAAUCCGCAGCAGCUGACCCAGACCCGUUAAGCCUAGAUUUAAGCCACUUGAGUGCCGAGGAGCGUGCACUGAUCCAGAACGUUAUGGCCAAGGCGAAGAACAUGGACGCUACCGAACCUACACCGGUGGCGCCAACGCAUUCAACGAUGACCAGAACGACGCCGAUAACGUCGUCGUCUCGCAGUGAAGUCGUCACUAACGGAGGUUAUGCGUCAUCUGGUAGUCAAGACUCUGGAGCCACGUACUAUAACGUUACUGACGGCAAAAGUGGCGUGCAACAGCAACAAAACCCGUCGUACCAAGACCGUAACGUCUAUCAGCAACAGCACAGAGAUGUCAAUAGUGGGUCAUCGUACUUACAACAGCAGCAACACGCCACUACUCCUGCGUACCAGCCAUCCGCCAGCGGUUCAUAUCAGCAGCACAGCGGUUACAAUUCGGCAGCGGCGGCAGCGGCCAGACGGCAUAUCCAGCAACGUGGUUUCGACGACUACCAUCAGUUGUCGCCUGAGGAACAAUUGUCACCCGUGUCGCCAGAAAACGAGGUGUCCAUGCCGUAUGGAAGUGGCACUAGUGAAAACUCACAGCAAUACCACCAUCAGCAACAGUUGUUGCAGCAACAACAACAGUUACUACAGCAACAGCAGCAGCAACAGCAACAGCAACAGCAGCAGCCAGGAGAGCGUUCUGGGUCGGAUUCCAGUGACGACGUAAGCUUGGCCGAGUGUCUGGCCGGCGGAGGUGUCGAGUUGAUGAACUUGCGCCCGAUGCCUAUGUUGGACGAGAAUGGUCAAGUGUUAUUAGACGAUGUCGAUACAGCCAGGAUGCAGCAACAGCAGCAACAACAACAGCAGCAGCAGCAGCAGCAGCAACAACAGCAGCAGCAACGGCGCGAAGAGCAGUAUUGCAGCGAGCAACAAGUGUACUACGGAGGCAAUGCGACGACCGCCAACGCCUCGGACGUUUAUACCAUACCCGAGGACGAGGACGAGCUGAGCAGUCCAACGGGCGCGGACGGUGUGACAAGCCUCCGAAAGCGGCAGAUGGCUAAUACGUUGACCGCUAUUUCUGGAUUGAACAGUAGUUCAGCGGCGAUUAAUUUGCAUCAUCAGAUUGUCGAUAACGAGCGGUUUAUGAUGAAAUACGCUGCUGCGAAUUCGGGUAGCUCGGAAUCGCAUCAAAAAUCUAAGUUGUCAAACGAAGAAUCUUCAGCAACGUCCGUUUUUUCCGAGCAAACCCGAUCGAAAAAACUCAAUCAGUCGUCUACAAUACAAUCCGGUGUCUUACAAAAUAAUAAAUUCCGGGCUGGCAGUGGGGAAACCGUUGUUCAGCCAGUAGUUGUUGCUUAUGCCCAAAACUCCCCUUCGUACUACAACGGCAGUAACAGCAGUAGUAGCAGUAGCAGUAACAGCAGCAGAUUUGCGUCGGUUGACGGUGAUCACAAUAACAUAUCGUCCGCGUACGAAACUACGGCGGAAAAUUGCGUAUUCCAAGAUGACUUGGAAAAAACUCCCGAAUACGAUCGAAUAUGCAAACUGUUGAAUCAGCCGAUUCGUGCGGUUGUGGCGGGUGGACAUUCCGAUUCGAAGACAGGCAAAACUGAACAGCAACGGCUACAGAAGCAAACCAGUCGGCACCAGCAGCAACAACACUUACAACGGCAACUUAAGCAAUUGCAGCACAAGACCCAGCAGCAACAACAACAACAGUAUAACAGUAUGCUGGGCCGCGCGCUGUCGUCUUCUCAGCAAAAUCGGCAGGCGGGCGUGAACAACGUCAAUAAUACGUUUGGAAACGUUCAAACCGCGAACCGUAAUCGGACGAAUUUUCGCUAUGACGACGAGGACGACGAGGAAGAGUUGUUGGAGCAGCAGCAACAUCAGCAACAGACACAGCGACACAAUUAUGCAAUGCAACCAGCUGCGACGACGUCGGCAGUGGUAUCAGACAACGAUAGCAGUGGCACAAUUAGCGGAAUGUUGGCCGACUUUAGCCGAUCCAUUGCCAACAUGAACGGUAGUGGACCGACAACGACGACUCAGUUGUUUAACAGUAGCGAAAAAUUCGUCGAAAAUUACAACAAAUACGAUUCGCUGUCUGGUGAAAACGCCCAAAAACAACAGUAUCAACAAACGCAACAGCAACAACAGCAGCAGCAGAAUCAGUAUCAACAGCAUGGGUUUGCGACAUCUUCUGGUACUACGACGCAAUUGCGUCGCACUCAAUCUAUCAUCAGUCAAAACUUACGUGACCAACAGUAUCAGCUGUAUUGUACUGGCACGUCACCGCCUCUUCAGCAGCAACAAUCGGUACAGCAGCAGCAGUAUAACGAUACAGCCGUCGCUCAACUGCAGCAGCAAACCACCAAAAAUGCUUACGGGUCAGCGAACAAUGGUUCGUUAUAUGGAAGCGGUGGCGUUGGAAGUGGGCCGACGAGCAUCGUCACGAGACAGGCUCAGCAACAGCAACAAACCAUCGCACCUGCUUCGCAGCUGCGACAGCAACAAUACUCGGCUACCGGCAUGGCCACUGAAAAUAGUUUACUGUCCGAAACGAAUUAUUCAUCGUCGCCGAGUGUCACCGGAAACGCGGCCGCGCUACAACAACAAUUGUUCUUUAACAAACGAGGAGACGGUGGUGGUGGCGGUGGUGCUUUGUUUAACUGCCAACAACAGACAUAUCAACAACAGCAAGAAGUCUUGUAUCAGCCUUAUCAACCGGAAUACGGCACAUAUCAGCAACAGAAUCAGCAGCAGCAGCAGCAGCAACAGCAACAACUCUCGUACAAUCAACUGCAACAACAGCAACAGACGCACCAACAGCAGCCGUACAAUCAGCUACAACAAUCUCAAAACCAAUAUCAACAGCAACAGAAUCAGCAAUAUCAGUCAAGUCAGUUACAGCAAUAUCAAAGGUUUUCGAAUCAAGAUCAACAACAGUUACCGACGACUGUCAAUGAUAAUCCAAAUCAAUAUGUCAUUGAACAACAACAACAAAGGGUGGACAACAGCUUUGUACAAAAUCCAUCUGCUUCAACACUUGGUGGAGUACCGAUUACUUCGGGGGGUAUAAAAUACGAUACGACGUCGGCGGAAUUUAGUUCCACUGCGUUUAGACCAUUGCAGCAACCACAGGGCCAACGUUGCGACAAUCCGACGAAUAUUGCAUUACAACAGCAACAGCACUAUAUUAAUGGUAAUAACUAUCAGCAACAGCAGCAACCCCAACAACAACAACAGUCACAAAAUCAGCAGCAGCAGCAGCAGCAGCAGCAGCAACAACAACAACAGCAACCGAACAGUAUUUCAGCGCCAACUAGUGGUACAAGUACGGCCAGAGUAACGGUAUUACUUAAUUCAUCUUCAGCUACAGUGGAUCAACAGCAACAGAUCGGUGUUAAACCUUUGACUGGGUCAGCUGGUCUUAAAUAUCAGUCAGCCACUCAGCAACAAACUGCGUCACAGACAUCGACUUUGCAUCCCACACCACCACAACAAAACACGCCAGUCGGCACGCCCAGGAACACCUUGCUGAUUAGUGCCGGUGCACUUGGGCUCAGAGAUUUGACUGCUUCGCCGUCGGACACGCUCAGUGAACCGGACUCUAUGCGCUCGUCGUCGUUGCGGGGUAGCAACGGACGGGACGGCCGACGGCGGCUGCCCGAUUUGCCGCCACCUGACCUAGAGAUAGCUGGCAUACAGUGGCCAGCGGCUGCGAACGCUAAGCGUCGCGAGCGAAUGAUGCGAGCUAUGAUGGAUAAGUUUAAGCCAUUCUCUUCAUCACGGAACGUAGCGAACGUGGAUGCUUUGACUACAGUUUAUGGCUAUGGUGGCAGUGUUGGCAACAAAUUUUCAAUUAAUCGACCUGGUAGUAUGAGUGAAACCAAUUUACUGAAGUAUCGUCCUCAGAAAGAUGGUGGUCCGACAUCCACGGUCAGGCCAGAAUCAGCGCUGGGUCUUUUGCAAGGUUCCAGCCUGGUGAGCAGCACCGGAGAACAGACGCCGUCAAUGGCCAGGCACUACGGCGGUUUGACGCGGAAAUACGGGUCAGACGGCGGCGACGAGCUAGCCGCCUGUCUGCCACCCGACUUGCGGCAUCUGUUGUCCGCCACUACGGCGGCGACACCACAAUCGCACCACCGGCAGACGACGACGCAACGGCUGCAACAACACGGACUGCUGCAGAGGAGUACCGCGGCAACGGCCGCCGCCAAUUCACUGAACAACACAGCCGCGAUGAGCUUGUACGGCGCUGGCGGAGUCAGGAAACCGUGGUCAUCGUCGUCGUCAUGGUCUUAUCACGACGACACCGGUAUUGGUUAUUCGUCAGCCAUAGACCGUCGCGUCGGCGGCACCGGCAGGCAGGCAGCCGCUCUGUUUGGUGGAGGCAGCGGCGUCGCGGGUCUCGGAGGCCUGGACACGCACCACUACCGCAACAGUGGCGGGGGUAGGACGAUAAGUGCCGCAAGAUCGCUGGGUGGUGUCUAUGACGGUAACAGUCUGCUAUACCGCUGUUCGACCAGUAAUGUGCCUGACCACUUGGAAAGAAGGUGGUACCAGAACCAGCAUCAACGACAAACCGGCAGCAGCGGCGGACGACUGAUUAGAGGGCUGGGUGGAACCAAACACUUGUCGGACGUGUACGACGACGACGACCUGCUGCGACUACAGCAGCAUGAUGACGCCACGGUUGCCGCACUGUUGCUGGACGAUGUCGUGUUGGGCGGAGGUUACAGCGGCAGAAACUCUGACUUUAUGCCGUCUAGACCGAGGUCCCGAUCAUAUGGUGGUGGCGAAGAUCCGUCGUCCUCGACGUCUUGGCGACAUUGGCCCGAUACUAGCGGUGGAUCCGGUUAUCUGGGCGGCGCUUUGCGCGAGACCGCCAUCGGUUCAUCGGCAGCAAUUUACGACCACAAUGGCCACCGUCGCGCGACGAAUACUGCAAUAAAUUCCGCUACGGCCGAUCAAAAAAGAUGGGACGUUCGGCGGCACAACCGCCGACAGCGGCGGUAUAGCGACGGUGGCGGCGAUUCGGACCCGCGACGGUCGUACGAUUACCACCAACACCUGCAGACGGCGGCCAUGAUGAAGUACGGCACCGCAGGCCGGCGGUCGCGUUCGUGGGACCCGUCGCCGUCGCCGACACCGACCGCUUACCUGAGCGGCGGCGACGACGGCGGCGGUUACGGCGGCUAUGGCGGCUACUGUGACUACAUGGACGACUACGGCGGCGGUGGCGACUACGAAUCGCUGGCCGCGCUGGCCGCCGAGGAGGAACACGACGAAGAGCUGCAGCGCGAGGAGAAAAAGGCCAGGAUCAAGGCGGAGAUCGCCCGGCGCAGGCGGCAGAUCGAGGACAACGUCCGGCUGCACGAGGAGCUGCUGCGCCUGGCCCGGAUCCGUGAGAACGCCGAACACGAGUAUUCGUCGUCCAUGCUGCCAUCGCUAUCCGCUGCAGGUGGCUGCUACGCGGGACGGCGGCCGAUGACCGAGGAUGAGUGUCAAGUGUUUGCACGCGCGGCCGAAAAGAUAGCCGAGGAACGGUCAAUGGAGCGGAUCGCCUCCACGUUCCGGACCGCUGCUGCGGCGGCCGCCGAGGAUUACGUGCGCCGCGGUGGCAUCUACGGCGAGUACGGCACGGCGGUCGGCUGCGGGGUUGGUGAUUACACACCCCCGCACGCUAUGCCACUGUUGCCGGACAUGCCGACUAGGAGCAGGAGGCUACUGGAGAACCUGGGAAGUUCACCGAUCACAGAUUCCGUGUUAUUGGACGGCGAACAGAAAGCCAUGCAGAAAAAAGUCAACUUUCUCAACGUCCUAUAAUUAGACAAAAAAAAAAAACACACACGCGCGCGCGACGUCGUUUAUAAUGAUUGAUAAUGUUAUGUGUACCUACUAGUUUACCUUAUAAUUAGCUGUUAUGACGUUAUGUAGAUAUGAUACGGGCAAUUUCGUCCAGGGAAAAUUUGAAUCGUGAGUAGUAACAGCAACAAAUUUUUUGUUCUUGCAAUAUUUUCUAAUAAAUUUAUUAUUUCUAAUAUUAAUAAAGUAUAAUAUAUUACUAAUUAUAACUGUAUUAUAUUUUAAAUACUUUCAAAUAAUUAUAAUAAUAUAAUAAUAAUAACUACUUGUAUUUACCUAAUGUUGAUCAAUGUUGAUCAAAGUAAAUAAAUACAAGUGUAGGAAAGCAGCAGACAAACUGCGAUUCAAAGCGAAAUUCUAGUAAAUCAUAUAUAAAAUAUAAUAACUUAUUCAUUUUAAAAGGUCACUAUGCCAUCAAUAUUAGGUAUAAUUACUAUUAUUAUUAUAAUUGUUUUAUAAUGUUUAUAAUAUAAUACAAUUAUUAUAGUAAAUUAUUUAUUUUGUUUUUGGUCAAUAUUGAUAGUAAUAAUAAAUUUAACGAGUAUAUCCCACAGUAAUACGUAUAUUCACGAUUCAAAUUAACCGCACAGGACCAAAACGUCAGGUAUUCUACAUCGCCCGUAAUGUAUUGUAAUUAAUUGUACCUAUUGUUACCUACCUCACCUGACUAUACAAUUUGCGAUUCGCCCACGUACACCUGACUUUCGAAGGGCGAAACGAUCGACACGCACAAUAAUCACUUAUUAUUAUCAAAUGUACAAAAUCGACGGGUUUCGUACCCCUUUCGAAAAUACGUAAAUGCAUAAUAUACUUAUACUUAGUAUUUAUGCUAAGUGCCCUAUUUAUUCUCCUUUUUAGUAUUAAAAACUAUAAGUGAUUUUAAUUAAUCGCAUGGUUAUAAAUCGAAUUCAUUACAUUUAGAAAAUUAUAUACGUCCAUUUAGUUAAAAAAAUAAUUUGACAUUUAUUAUUUUAAUUUUUAGAAAUAUUAUUCUUAUAAUUUUAUGAAACAUAAUCAUGUAAUUUCAAAUAAAACACAGUGAAAUGUUUUCCCCGUCCUUAAAAAUGUGUACUAAGACCAAUAAUCGGAUUGCCCCAUCCUUCCCCCGUGAAUAUGUCACCAACUAUACUAACCAACUUACAUUUUAAUACAUUAUUAUAGGUAGGUAAGCAACCAACUAUUAUACUUACACGUACAACUGUAUUAGAUCUAUUAUAAUAUCUACAAUUUACAUUUUAAAUGUUAUAUAUUAUAAGCACACAUCUACCUAAUAAUUACUAUAUUUUGUAUAGCGUACGAACGCCGUCCAAUUUUUUUCGACCGUUUUCCCAAUACGCACAGCCUAUAAUAUAAUAGGAUUUCGUUAUAGUCUGUGCUGCGUGGUAAUUUUCUUGAGUGGUGCUUUAUGUUUAUUAUUAUAAUUUACGAUAUUAGUGUUUAUGUAUUUUAAACGUUUAAACUUUUAUCAUAAAUCCAUAACUAAGCCAAGUGCUUUCGUACCAUUCAGAGGAAAAUCGCUAAUCAGCCAGGAAACAUUAUAGUAUGUAAUUUCGUUUUAUAAUAUAGGAUUAUGGGAUUUUAUCACAGUGGUUUCUGUAAUCGAUCUAUUUAUGUCAUGGUCUCGAUCAAUCACCGCUUCAAUGUAUUUCGAUUUUCGUUUUUGCUCGUUUCCCCCACGUAUACAUGCCAGAUUUCAAUUAUACACAAAUCUGUUGUUAACAGUAUUCAUCUUUUGAGACUUAAUAUAAGACAUAUAGUUAUAUAAUUAAUGAAAUAAUUCUAUACUCCAAUAUCUCUAAUAGCUAUUAUCGUUUAGUAACGUCAAUGAUGGUGAAAAUUAUUAAUGUUAGGUAUAACAUUAUUCUAAGGGCUUCCUCGUGGUUUAAAAUCAUAUCGAAACGGUAUAAUCUAAGUAUGUACCUAAUUGUUUUAAGCCAUCACUCAACUCUAGUGUUCUCAAAAUGUUUGCGAUCAUGUAAAUGUUCAAUAAAACUUUUUUAAAUUUGAUACCAUCGAUGUCUUGAAUUAUUAAAAAGUUAUUGAGAAUCUCAAGAUUUAUACAUUCGUUUAUAUUGGGUACUCUACAAAAGGUUACAAUAAUAUCAUUAAUAUCUAUUUAAACAAUGUACAUUUUCAAUUAUUACAUAUAUAUCGCAUUGGUUAGAAAUCACAUAUAAUUGAAAAUAAUUUAUAAGUAUUUAAAUGUCGGUAAAUAUACAUUAAUAAAUAGUGUUAAAUGCAUACGGUGAUUACUAACGUAAUAUAUAGUCUUGAAAACAAAUUUAACUAAUUUUUUGUAUGAUAUUUACGCACAAUAUUAAUUAAUAAUAAUGCUGAUUCAUAUAAAAAUUCUAUUAUUUAACGAACAAUAUUUUAGUCAUAAACAUAAAUGGAUAUACCGUACAAUUAUAUCAUAGUUUCAAUGUAGGUACGUAUUUAGUAUUAUAAAUCUAUUGAACAAAUAACGUUUAAAUAUGUUUUGAAAAAAUAGGUGCAUUUGAUUUAUAUUUGCAAUAAAAAAUAAUCGCACACUUUUUGUUACCUCAAGCUCAAUUGACAAAAUUUAUGGAAGAAAAGUAAAUGAAAAAAAUAUAGUAAGCCUUAAUGGAUAUGGACGUUUUUUAAUCAAAUUAAUAUCAAUGGGUUGUCAUUCAUAUAUCAAAUGUUACCUCAGUAAUACAUUUGGUUGUAUAUUAUUUCAGAUUAUAAUAAUUUAUAACUAUAAUAAUUAAAUAAUUAUAAUAUAAUACUUCAGAUUCUUACACAAACCAUCUCAUUACGAACGUU